GCAGAGCGGUGCCAAACUCACAUGGCCGAGCCCCACCCCUGGCAGCCCGACGCGGCGCCCUUCGUCGCGCAGCUCCUCAAACAUCUGGACGCGGGCACGCUGCCGAGCGAGGUGAAUCCAUUACCGCACGUCGCGCGGGGCCGCGGCCACGGCGCGGCGAGGGACGCAUCAACAUUAUACGCGCCGCACGUUUUGGAGGAGUGCCUCGCCGGCGCGCGCGAGGAGCGCCAACGACGUGAAAGGCGGCGCGUCAAGGUGAUUGUGGUGGAAACGACGCCGAUCGGCGACCACAAUUUGCGGUUCGCGCUCCUCAAGAAGAAGGGGUCUGAUGGAGACGAGCUCUUCAGCGACCGCGUCGCGUUACUGGGAAGGAGCAAUCGAAAUGAAGCGCACUGCGUCGUCGUGCCGACAAGGGAGGCUUCGAGUCUCCAUUCCACCAAGAGUUCGGGCAAGACAUGUAGGGUGGCGUUCCUGGGGAACGGCGUGUUUAUCAGAGGCGCGACGUUAGAUGUAGAGUUACGCCUCGACGCUCUACCGGCAUUCAGGGAGAACUCGGCCCUGCAGACGCUCGAGAACAUCAAUCAAAGCCUGCUCGCUCCGUUAUUAGCUCAUACCACGGAAACGCCAAAAGCUGCGCCGCGCACGCCAGCUCCCCUCUGGCAGGCCCUGCGGUCUUCUUCAAACGCGUCGCAGUUCGCGGCCAUCGCUGCUGGUGCUGAUGCUACACCCUUCGCGCUCGUGCAAGGGCCGCCGGGCACGGGCAAGACGCGCACGAUCCUGGGGGUCUGCGCCGCUUUAUUACAUGGUGAUCUCGCGGAGCCGCCGCCUCCACAAAGAAGUCGGCGGGGCCCGGGCAUGCUCUCAUCACAAACGUCGAUGCGCGCGACGACGCGGAUUAACGCCCCUGGUGGUUUACUUCAAGCCGCAGAACGGUCGCGGCGCAUUCUGGUGACGGCGCCGUCGAACGCGGCCGUCGACGAGGUCGCGGCGCGGUUCGUAAGGGAGGGCGUGCCGGGGCCCGACGGGCGCAUUAGGCGUGUUCGGUUAUGUAGGGUGGGUACCGUGGGCGGGAGCCAUCGCACCGAAGCGACGCCGCACGAGGCGUUGUUAAGGGGCUACACGUUGGACGUGCUGGCGGAGCGGCAGGCGGGACGAAGAGCGGAAAGAGUCACGUCGGCUUUAUUACAGGCCGACAUUGUAGUUGCCACUUUAUCAGGGUGCGCGCAUUCUUCGCUAGCCGAGGCGCAACAAUCCAUCGCGCCGGAGCCGUUGUUUGAUGCCGUUGUGGUGGACGAGGCGGCGCAAGCCGUCGAACCUUCUACAUACAUACCGCUGCGCUACGGCCCGAAGCGUGUCGUGUUAGUGGGCGACCCGGCGCAGCUCGCCGCGACACUACUGUCGCCGGCGACGGAGCGCGCGGGCUACGGGCAGUCGCUGUUUGAAAGACUGUGGCGCGGCGGCCACCCUACUUCUUUAUUACGCACGCAAUACCGCAUGCAGCGGGACCUCUGCGAUCUUGUUUCAAGGCGCUUCUACUCCGGGUUGCUGACGAGCGCGGACCGCGUCACGAGCCAGUCUCAUUCAUUACCGCCCGCCUUGACGGCGCUCGGUAGGACACAUAGUGCGCCGCUCGCCUUCCACGACGUCACGAGCGGUGAAUCAAGAAGGCCAGACGGCCGUUCCUGGGCGAACGCGGCGGAAGCGCGCGUAUGUGCGAGAUUGGCAGGGGACAUCGUGCGGACGACGUCACUCUCCGUGGGCGUCGUCGCGCCCUACCGCGCUCAAUUAACCGAGCUCCGCAACGCGUUGAGAGGUAUUAAUGGAGACGUCGAGGUCUCGACGGUCGACGCGUUCCAGGGGCGCGAGAAGGAUGUCGUGAUUGUGUCGUGCGUUCGGGCGCCGUCCCACGGACGCGACGUCGAGUCGAUCGGGUUCCUCGCGGACCGGCACCGGCUCAAUGUAUUACUGUCGCGAGCUAGAUUGGCGUGCUGGGUCGUCGGCCACGCGUCGACAUUGAGGCGCAACGACGACUGGAGGGCGUUGGUCGAGGCCGCCGAGCGCGCCGGGGCGCUGUUUUCCGAAGACCGGCCCCGCAAGAAGAAACGGCGGUCGCCGCCGCCGGCGUCGCCUCCCGCUAAGUCGCCCACAAAGCGGUCGACGCCCUGCCGCGCCGCGCGCGCCGCGCUGCCGUCGAACGUCGUCGCCGCCGUCGCGCCGCCGCCGCGCUCGUCCGAGCGCACGGCCGCGAUCCGCCGGGCGCGCGAGGCCGAAGCUAGAGGCGAAGUCAUCGACGUCGACGCCCCGCCGGAGGUCAUCGUCAUCCAGGACUCGGACCCGGAGAGCGAGGCCGAGCUGAUCUGCCGGCCGCGGAAGGUGGGGAAGAAGAAAAAGAAGCGACGGCGGACUCGCUAG